AUGUUAGAGUCCAACACAACCUUCUUCACCCACCCCUCCACCUUCAUCCUGCUGGGCAUCCCUGGCCUGGAGGCAGCCCACGUAUGGAUCUCCAUUCCCUUCUGCACCAUGUAUGCCAUGGCCCUCUUGGGAAACUUUGCUAUCCUGUUCAUCGUGAAGAUGGAGUCGAGUCUCCACGAGCCCAUGUACUAUUUCCUCUGCAUGCUGGCUGUCACCGACCUGGUCCUGUGCACGUCCACCCUGCCCAAAAUGCUGAGCAUCUUCUGGUUCAAUUCCAGGGAGAUAAAUUUCAAUGCCUGCAUCACCCAGCUGUAUUUCAUUCACUGCUUCUUUGCUAUGGAAUCUGGGAUUUUCAUGGCCAUGGCUUUUGAUCGCUACGUGGCCAUUUGUGAUCCCCUGAGACAUUCCACUACUUUGAGAAACUCCAUCAUCACAAAGAUUGGACUGGCCAUAUUGCUGCGUGGUGGCGUGGUCACACUACCCUGUCCCUUGCUGGCCAGGCAGUGGCCAUAUUGCAGAUCCAACAUCAUCCCCCACACCUGCUGUGAACACAUGGCUGUGGUGAAUCUGGCCUGCGCUGACACCCGCAUCAGUAGCUACUAUGGCCUCUUUGUGGCAAACUUGGUGAUGGGUCUGGAUAUGUUUUUUAUCACUGUGUCCUAUACCCAGAUCCUCAGGGCCAUCUUCAGCCUCCCCACCAAGGACGCCCGGCUCAAGACUUUUGGGACCUGUGGCUCCCACCUUUUUGCUAUCUUAGCCUUUUACAUCCCAGGUGUAUUCUCCGUCCUUGUGUCCCGGUUUGGUCACAAUGUGGCCCUGAAUUUUCAUGUUCUCUUUGCCAACGUGUGCCUCCUUGUGCCCCCCAUGUUAAACCCCAUCAUUUUCGGUGUGAGGACCAAACAGAUCCGGAAUAGGAUCCUCUGGCUCUUUAUUAAUAAAGGGCCCUAA